AAAACUCAGGGCCAACACGCCCGGCUAAAGGACUUCCUGGUUAGAUAGCCAUUGGUUUUCGACAGGUUUUCGCUGAGCUAUUUUUGGAUGUUAUUGAGCUGGAAGCAUCGAAACUGGUUCCGAGGACCACCUCCUGUAAUUAGCACACAAAUGAAAAAAAUAUCACCUCGUUGAGGCGGUGGCGAAAGCGGGAGCCGUUAAGAGCCGCUCACCGGAUGUUGCUGCGGCUAGCUUGGAAGCUUGGAUAAAGCUAACGAACAUCAGGACUGGUGCUGCCACUUUGGUGCGUUUAUUUUCCCCACAAAAGCUCGAAACUACGAGAUAUUUGUUUUCGAAGACAGAUAACCAAGAGAGUCAACUUCCUGGUAGGAACAAUUUCUUCAAAUACUUCUCAAGUAAAUACAGCGCAGCCACCCCUUCUAUUUAUUUAUACAGUAUGCGGCUGGAGCCACGGGCGGUGUAGGAUGAAGAGCCCGGCUCACCGCAACAGAGACAUCGAGCGGCAACCUGGCUACCUGAAGCCCGAACACUGCGCUCCUCCCCCGCCCCGCAGCAGCUCGGACACCAUGUGGUUCAUCCGCGACGGCUGUGGCAUCACGUGUGGCAUCAUCACCUGGCUCCUGGUCUUCUACGCCGAGUUCGUUGUGGUGUUCGUCAUGCUGCUGCCAGCCAAGAACGUGGUCUACAGUCUCUUCAACGGCGUGCUCUUCAACGGCCUUGCCUUCCUCGCUCUGGCCUCUCAUGCCAAGGCGAUGUGCACAGACCCGGGAGCUGUGCCUAAAGGGAAUGCAACCAAAGAAUUCAUCGAAAGCCUGCAGCUCAAACCGGGUCAGGUGGUCUACAAGUGCCCUAAGUGCUGCAGCAUAAAGCCCGACCGAGCUCACCACUGCAGUGUCUGUAAACGCUGCAUUAAAAAGAUGGACCACCACUGUCCCUGGGUGAACAACUGCGUCGGAGAAAACAACCAGAAAUACUUUGUGCUCUUCACUAUGUACAUUGCAUUAAUAUCCUUCCACGCGUUAAUUUUGGUAGCCUUCCACUUCUUUUUCUGCUUUGAAGAAGACUGGUCAAAGUGCAGCGGCUUCUCUCCACCAGCAACGGUCAUCCUCCUCAUCCUCCUCAGCUUCGAGGGUCUCCUCUUCCUCAUCUUCACUGCAGUCAUGUUUGGGACUCAGGUCCACUCCAUCUGUACUGAUGAAACGGGUAUCGAGCAGCUGAAGAAGGAGGAGAGAAGAUGGGCCAAAAGGUCCAAAUGGAUGAACAUGAAGGUGGUGUUCGGCCACCCGUUCUCCGUCGCUUGGCUCAGCCCGUUUGCAACUCCCGAUCAUGGAAAGGCCGACGUGUACCAGUACAUAGUGUGAGCGCUGGACGCUAUGCUGCUGCAGAAGCAGCUCGAUCUCCUGUGACUCGGACACAAACUCAUUGAAACCACUUCAUUUUAUCUCCUUUGUGACUUAUGGAUAUUUCCCUUCUUGGUGCUGAACGAGAUUGUGCAAGAGCAAAAGAAAAGCUCAGGAUGAGCUAGAACAACUCGAGUGGCACCUUCAAGAGUUGGAAAUGGGAAAAUCCUGACUGAGCUGUUUCUGCUGCAGUACGUCUGAUCAUUUCCUCCCUAAUGGGAUUAAAAAUACCAGCAGAAGGUUUUUGUUCCAGGUGCUGAGAUGGAUGCCUGGUUUUGUCUUCCUGCAACCACUGUCAUUGUCUUCUCUUAAAACGUGCCGUUUGUGUUUUUCUGCUGAAUGCUGCAGGUGAGUUGCCUUAGAGCAGCCCAUUAACGAGUAGCACAUCAGAUUAAAAAAAAACAGAUGUUUCUAUUUAUUGCCUUAACGUAACGGUCCAGGUUAUUGCUGGUUUAAUCUAAAGAGAAGUUGUUGCAACUUUAAUUAAUAGAUGGAAUUAUGUUAUGCUACCCUAACCCUUCAUCUGGCGAGUUGUAAAAUCAGAACAAAUCCCAUACAGCUGAGACAUUCCCAAUCAGUCCGAUGAAAGAUUUUCCUUAAAAAAUAACAAUUUCCUUUAUGUAAUACUGCUGAUGUAAAGCUUUACAAAGAGAUGUUUUAAGAUCAACUAUUUCUUUGGACAGAAGCUGUUCAGAAAGGUGUUUAUAUUGGCUAAGGCUAACAUUUUAUAACUUUUACACAAGGACAUUUUAAAAUGGCAAAAAGAAAACGCAGUUAUAAACCCAACCUACUUUUCUUUUUUUGAAAAUAAUCAAUUUGUUUCUUUCAAGUCACACAAAGCAUGAUGCUGUACUGCUUUUAACUAAAAAGUCUUUAAACCAAUUUUCCUUCACGGUUACGAGCAACAUCCAACAGCUGUACCCUGAACAGUCUCUAGCUAAAAGGAUUUGUCCAUCAGAUGCUGAGCACAUAAGAAAUCUUAAGGAUUAUAGUUGAAAACAUUAAACCUUAUUUUAAAAAAUUUUAAAUUCCUUUUUGUACGAUUGAACCCAAAAAGUAACGCUUCUGUUGCUAAAAGGCUUUUGCAUGUCUAGAUGUUUCUGUUUUAGCGUUCAAACCAGCAGCCUCCUGUGAUUCUUUGCUUGAUGACUUUCACCAGCUAUGAUGGAAACGCACCCCCUCUCCGAAUUUACCAACCCCUAACUUUAAUCCACUCGCUCUCUCGGCUGAUGGCGUUUGCUCGUGGAUAAUCCAGUUUGUCACGGUCGUCGUGAGCUUGGCUGAAAAAGGAAAAGAAGAAAGCCCUUACAGGAAAAACCAUUGAGUCAUGAUCAGGAUGUUCAAGGCCUGAAAAACUAGAAAGACUUGUUAAGGCUUCAGUUUUUAUAAGUUUGUGUGAGACACUUCAGAGUAUUGAACACAAAAAAAUGCCUGUGCCCUUGUGUUUGAAUGCCUUAACGUGUUUUAGAAAAACAAGAUUGAUAUCCGUGUUGCCAAUCUGGAGUGCUUAAAGAAAAGACUGGUCAAGAAUCACACCUUCUUCUCUUUCAGGCAUUUAAAUGGUUUUAUUUUUAUAAUGUUCACUGGGUUUUGGAGAUGCAUCAGGUUUACAGGAACAGCUUUUCUCUCGAGCUGUGAUCAAGUUUGAAACUGUACAUUUUUCUGUAUAAUUGUGUUAAUGGGGAAAUCAAUAAAUCUGCAUAAACAUUAAA